GGGGUUAACUGCAGCUCGGGCGGCCCGGGCGGGCGCGCUCGCUUCCUCUGCCGCCGCCCGGGAACAUGGAUAGCGCGCCCGCGGGAUGUUCGCGGGCUGGGCCGGGCAGGCGGGAAACAUGAGAAGGCCCCGCUAUUCCGGUUCCCGGGCGGCGCGCGCCCGUCUGGGUAAAUAAAGGCGAGACCGCGGCGGCGGCGGCGGGGAGCGCGUCGGAGCCUGCGCCGGGAACAUGCGGCGGGGAUGGGAGCGCGCCUAGCCCCGGGGCGGGACAGCCAGCCGCCCGCGGCGGCCUCCGCGGCCACAGAAGCCGAGCCCUGCUGCGGAGCUCCUGGCGGCCCGGCCCCCGGGCGCUGCGGCGGGGACCCUCACCAUGAACACCAUCGUCUUCAACAAGCUCGGGGGGGCCGUGCUUUUUGAGGACCGAGGCCCCCCAGAGCGGGAACGUGGCAGCCGGCCGUACGGUGGCGUCCUGGACCAUCCGCACACCCGCCCGGAGGUGGGCAUUCCAGAAGGCCCGCCCCUCAAGGACAACCUCAGCCUGAGACACCGGAGGACCGGGGCCCGACAGAAUGGAGGGAAGGUGAGGCACAAGCGACAGGCCCUGCAGGACAUGGCGCGGCCGCUUAAGCAGUGGCUUUACAAGCACCGCGACAACCCGUACCCCACGAAGACCGAAAAGAUACUCCUGGCCCUUGGCUCGCAGAUGACGCUCGUGCAGGUGUCAAACUGGUUCGCUAACGCCAGACGUCGCCUGAAGAACACUGUCCGGCAGCCAGAUUUAAGUUGGGCCCUAAGAAUAAAGUUAUACAACAAAUAUGUGCAGGGCAACGCGGAGCGGCUCAGCGUGAGCAGCGACGACUCUUGCUCGGAAGAUGGAGAAAACCCCACAAGAAAUCACCUGAGUGACACAGGCUAUAGCGCCCCUGCCCACCACACAGCCAUCAAAGCGGAGAGCUCAGCAAGGAAGGCUGGAGAGGGGGCAGAAGCCAGGGCCUCGGAGGACUACGUGUCGCCUCCCAAGUACAAGAGCAGCUUGCUGAACCGUUACCUUAACGACUCUCUGAGCCACGUCAUGGCCGCCAGCACGGCCAUGACGGGAAGAACGAGGCAGAGGAGCCACUCGGGGUCUUUCAGCUCCAACGAGUUUGAAGAAGAGCUGGUGUCUCCCUCGUCAUCAGAAACCGAAGGCAACUUUGUGUACCGCACAGACACCCUGGACACGGGAUCUGGUAAAGGUGCCAGUGCAGCUCACGGACGGGGGCCGAGCAAGGACGAGACAUACUGGAAGGAGAUCAACGCAGCCAUGGCCUUAACCAACCUCGCCCAGGGGAAGGACGAAGUGCUUGGGACCACCAGCUGCAUCAUCCAGAAGUCUUCCCACAUAGCAGAAGUAAAGACAGUCAAGCUGCCGCUGGCCCAGCGCUUCUAGAGCAUGGCCAGGGAGUGCUGAGCAUGUCAGAAUUUUUUUUUUUGUACCUAAAUCCUCAUCCUAAGAGCCAAAACAGGGGUGAAGGGACAUCCAUCUAAACCCCCUGAGAUCAGCUAUCCUAAAUAUAUCAGUUGCUUCUAUAAAAAGACAUAUAAAUUAUAAAAAAAAUUCAUUUUAAUCAAAAAUAUUAACUUAUUUUAUGUUACUGAAACUAUGCAGAAAGCGCCUGCAUUUCCAUUACAGUAAGUGCCUUGCUUCCCCGAGAUAAGCUCCAACGUGGGCACAGAGCCGAGCUGUGCCUCAAACAGCCCACGCCAACACUUGCUAGACCGCAUCCUUCCAAACGGGUCCAGAACCGAAGCCAGCAUUGCUCAGAGCCCUCGAAAUAAAUUCUGUCCUUCACACGUUAAAAGUUGGAAAUCUGUCCGGCCCAGAUGAAAUCAUCUUUUCUUUGUUUUGGUUUUCUAUUUGGUUUUCUCUUUAUGCCUACAGGACUGGAAAUUGGGUUGUUUUUGUUUUUUUGUGCAUUCCAGGGUGAGGGUGAGAAUUUUAUGUGUGGGUUUUGUUUGCACAUCAGAUAUGUGAGCAUGUCCAAAAUGAAAGGUCCAUGUGACAUGUACGUUUAAGAGGGACAGUUUCAAAGCAGUUUAACAUUGCAACGUGCACAUUGUGAUCAGACAUUAAGAGCUGUUGGAAAGGAGCCCAGUGCCCUCCACAACUCGUUGGGAGUUUUCUUAUUCUGAGGCUUUGCUGAAGUUUUUAAAAGAGCCGUAUUAUAUAAAUCAUUGAAUUUUCCCCCCGUGUAAAACUAAGCCUACAGUUUAGUUUUAAAACAUAACCUUGUUUGCGUUUGAGUUCAGUGUUCCUUUGUGGUGGAAGCUGGCUUUCAUAUGGAGUGCCUGAAAGCUUUUUAUUUGGUUCGUUUCAAAUCACAGUUCUGAUGGACGAUUUGUAUUGCAGUGAGAAGAAGACAAUGAAAGAGAAUAUCUGUAGUGGAUAAACAUAUACAUGCAGAAAAUUGAAUUUUAAAAUUUAAAACAUAUGGAAACAUAGUUUCAUCUUUCUGAUUUUUGCCAGCUAGAGCAGUCAAGCAAAAAUGAAGUGAAAUCCUGUGUUAAAGAAAGAACAUUCUGUCUCUAAAUGAUGCCACCGUUGAGUGAAAGCAGUCACUCAAGGAGGAAGCGUCUCCUUCCUGCCAUGCAGUAGCAUCCUCCCCAGCUCGGGAAGACAGGAGACACAAGAGAUGUGGAGACCCCUCUCAACACAACGGAGCAAAUGUUCAACAACAGAGUGAAAAGACUGGGCUGUUUGGGGGGGGACUUUUUCUGCGUAUGUGUAAUCUAUUUUUUUAGACUGGAAAGCAUUUUUGCAAGUGUGAAUGACACGAGGUUGCACAUGCUGACGUUUUUCUCUAUUUUACAAAAUGCUUUUCAAAGCCAAAGGUCGCUCUGGUCACUGCCUGGACGUGACUGUCCUGACGGCCAUCACAGGACACUUUUUCAUGGGUGACAGCAUUACUACGGGGCGGGGGUUGUCCGGUGCAGCAGAGAUAACUUGACAUGAACAUAUUUUGUAUGUAUAUUUUUACUUUGUUUCCCUGAGGGCAGUUUACAGUUACAGUAGGCCAGUGUGGGCGGCGGGAGUGACGACUGUAUGAGUGGGCGAAGUACCGGGUCCUUCUGUUGCACCCUUGACACUCUGAGAUCCAGAGUGCAAAGCGGGCGUCGCUACAGAAACAGCCCCGCCCAGAUGUGCUCAGGGCGGGGUAAACAAGGACGAGUACUUCACUCCUUUUCAUACUAUUAUAAGUUAUUCUGGUAUUAAAUAUUUUAAUAAAAGUGUUCAUGUUUAACAUGUUGCAAUUAGACAAAUGAAUGCUGGUUGUAUUUUAUUUGACAUUGUCAUGUUUUUAUUUCCCACCUUUUGGGGGGGAAAAUCAGCUAAUUUGUUCUGUGUUAUGAACGCAAACCAAUGACAGGACACUAUCCACAUAAUUUCUUUAAAGAACCAAAGCUUGGAGAACCGGCCUGUACACACAUCAAAAAUAUAUAAUCAGCAUAUCUGGGCAGCACCUCCAAUUACAGUCAUUUUAAUUUAUUGUUUUUCUUUCCUUGCUGUUGUUUUAAUUGUCUGGAAAUCAGAACCCCCCCCUUCCCCCGUCGCUUAAAAGCACUUUGAACCAUGCCGAGCCAGCAGCCGACAGGCUGACAUAUAAUUUAUAUUGAAGGAAAAGAGACUCACUCUUUUUAUUUUACAACUGUACUUUAAUAAAAUUAAUAACUGUCAGGACUUCUUGACAAAUUUAAAAUAAAAGUUCGUUUCUAGA